AUGUACGUCAAACUUUCAGAGAGGGAAUUACUCCUGGCAUUUCAGGCGGGCAUUAGACUCAACGACAAAUUUGCGAAGACGUUCUCUAAGACGCUCAUCGCGAUGCAGGAUCAUGUUGCGAAAAAGAAGGGAAAGUUCAUGUCGAGCCAUGCUCUGGCUGGUCUAGCAGUGUUGUCAUUGCGUCGUGAGGACCUCAUAAGAUCCGAAUAUUUCAUUCGUAUUGCUAAGGAGCUCUUCGAGAGGGGGGCGAGAGAUUCCAGGAGGAGAAAGGAAAAGGACGGUCUGCGAGGCCUCUGGACGAAGGCUGUGCCGGGGGAGGUUCCUCACUAG